AUGAGUCAGCAUUUGAAUGAAACCUAUGACUACAGUGCUCACCACGACCACGAUGAAGGGACAGUGGGAACUUUGCCAGGCGGCGCUCAAACGACAGGGGAAUCGUCGUUCUCCUCGGUCGCCCGAAAAGAAUGGAUCCAUGCCGUCUUUGGAAAGUCCUUGCAACAACCAAAGGGCAAGGGCUUGGCUCAAAUUGACGAAUAUCUUUGUACUCGAAUCUACAUUGAGUCAGAUCUAUAUCAAGGAGAAUCACUGGGAAUCACGCUUAGUCGUUUGACGCUGGGCCUUUACGUUCGAAGUGUCAAACCAGGAUCCGAGGCAGCACUGGCGGGAGUCUUGCCCCAAUCUGUUUUGGUAUCCAUCAAUGAUAUUCAUCUUUUAGCGGAACCUUCCAAGCAAGCAUUGGAACGAAUUUGGCAAUACGAGGGACUCUUUGCUUCCGUUUCCAAAUACGCCAAGCCCUAUAGCAAAGAUGCUGCUUCCUUUGUCAUGGAUUUGCCCAAAGAAGACUUGAUGAUUCAACAUCCCACAAGACUAACAUUUAUACGGAAUGGACAAAUGUACGCGGUUCUCCUCUUGUCCAAUCCACAAUAUGGGAUUGAAUGGGCACCUUGUGGGAAUUUUGCCCUCGUCAAACGGAACGACGGUAGUCAUACGGAGAUUCCACGUGGGUCCAUUAUUGCGGGAGUCAAUGAGAAUCCCAUUGACGAUUUGGAUCAUCUGACUUCGGCAACCUUUCUCAAGGAAGUCAUGGAUUUGGAACUCCCCAUUGACAUGUUGGUAUGUUGGCCACCCGCCACGGCACGAUCUGGAUAUUGGGAACGAUCGGAGAUUGCCAAGCACAAUAGUGGCAGCCCGCAAACCAACUCCAAAGGAUACAAACCGAUCUUUUCAAAGGAACAUGAUGGGGUAAAGACAACCGUCCACUCGCUAUUUUCAAGAGCCAAGAAGAAGCCACAGCCUGAAAUACCAAAGAACGACUGGGGUUUGGAACUUGACGAUUUGGCUACUGCUGUGGGUUCUGGCGAAGUUCUAGUGCCAGAGUCCUCACCAGAAAAGGCAAAUUCGGUUCUGACCAAAGUCUAUUUGCCUUGCUCUCACUUGGAGGGUCGGCUCUUGGAGUCUUGGGAUGUGGAGCAAAGCUUGCUUUACAAUUUGAAGUACUACUGGACUAUGAAUAUGAUCGGUGACAGUGCUGGGGAUUUUGUGGGACACCGAAACUUGUCGGAUCUGUUUUUGGAUUUUCCAAAACCUCUAUUCCAAGAUGUGCUAUUGCCGUUGAUUGCGUGCUGCCGACACACUAGUCCAGGGAGUCCAACGGCACAAGAAAGGCUCCACAAAAUGUUAUUUGAUGAAAUCAUCAACCUUGCCGAGACCAAAGCUUCAUUUGCACCCUCCAUGGAGCUGAUUGCUUCCUCGCUACAAGAAAUUGAACUCCGGAACAUUCUUCGAAGAAUCCGAGAAAAAAGAGCGGCCUCGUCACCAAUCGUAAAGAACAACUCGAACUUUACCUUUGAUGAACUGGACAAGGGCGCUGCCUCACCGGCGAAGUCACCUGCCAAAGCUAAACCAGUAGCAGAGAUAGCUGGAUCGCCAAGCUCAAUACCGCAAGCAGCAUCGCCCACAAAGAAGCGGUUUGGACUAUUUGGAAAGAAAUCAAAUGCCAAAAGUCCUUCGGCCAAGACCACGAGUCCAAAGAAGUCGAAGAGCCCAAAAAGGAACACGAAAGAGCAAUCAAAGACGAUAGCUGAUGCCGCUAGUCCUGGUGGCAAAGCCUUGUCGCUCUUGCUGGACGAACAGGACAAGCAGGAGCAGGAUCGUCAAAUCAUUGGUGCCCGCGAGAUUAUGUUUGCCAAGACUUUGAAAUUUGGUGACGAGUUACUUGAAAUUUGCCAAGAUAUCGAACGAUCGCUGCUAAAGACUUUUCCUCAACGGCUUGCUGGGUGGGCUCUCCAACCUUGGUCGUCCACCAAGGAGACGGCGUUGCAGCAUGUGACAAAUUCUAUGAGAGACCGUCUCAUGCUGUGCUCCAAUACAGAAUUUCUGAAUCCUUUGGAUUCUGAUGAAUUGAUUGUUGGAAUCGACACUACAGAAUGCUACAUUUUACCCAGUGCGCACUUUCCCGUUCUGCUCACUUUUGAUUGUCAAGAUCUCGAAAAUCGGGAGUCUCCAAACAAUGUAUUUGGUGUCCAAAAGUUCUACAGGACCACUGUGGAGGUCAUGCAUGUCAGAUGUGCUGGAAAAGCGGCAGUUCGAAGGAAUUUUGUCGUCCAUGCAUCCGUUGGCGGUUCUAUUCAGGAAACCAAUCCUAGCACGCAUACAGAUGUCGAGACAAAUACACAGAUGUGGGAUGAUGGUGCCGCACUUGUCUUUGACACUAGUUCUUCCUGGGGACCGCCACAAACAGUAUCUUUGCGACUUUCGGAGUCAUUUGUCACAAAUACUGGCGCAACCGGCACAAAGGAAAAUAAAGACAAAAAACAAAGGUAUCUUGAAGACAUUGGAGUAUCCUGGGCAGACUUGACAAGCGUAGUAGACGAAAAGGCAGGAGGACGUAUCCAAAAACGAACCGUUGUCUUGACGCCCAAGCUGUUGUCAAGUAAAAUAUCGGGAUACUUUGAUCAACAUGGAGAAUUAUCGGAUGAAAACCGCCCAAAAGUCGAGAAUAUGGAAAUCAAAAUUCGGGUUACUACGCAAACACUGGAAAUGGCUCCACUCAUCAAAAAGUCCGACUAUACUGACGGCCCUCUGAGAAAACGUUCUCUGUUGUACAAACACGACGAUGAUGUUCGCCAGGACUUGUUCUCGAUCGACUUUAUCAAGACUUGUGACGCAAUUCUAAAGUCUUGUGGACUUGAUUUGAAGUUGGUGACUUUCCGUUGCAUUCCAAUGGGAGACAAGCAAGGAUUCAUCGAGUGGGUCCACGGAAGUGUACCCCUAAGUGAACUUUCCCGUGUCGUUGCGGACUCUAUCUUGGGUGGCAAGACGAAAAGCCCAACGUCCGAUGCGUCGAGCAUCAGUGAAGAAAAUGAGAAAUCAAUGGUAGCACUAGCGGGACUUUCGAAGUACGAAACACUUCAGCGAUGGAACUCGGAUGUCACUGGAUCGAACUCGUCUGGGAGUGCUCCCAACAAUCCAGUUCAGGACUACCUUCGAACCUUUAACUUUGACGUGGAUGCUCCCUAUAUGAUUCGGAAAGAUGCGAUGGAUACCUAUGUCAAGAGUUGCGCCGGUUACUGUGCCAUUACGUACAUUUUGGGAGUUGGCGAUCGCCAUUUGGACAAUCUUCUAUUGCAUCAGACUGGACACUUUUUCCAUUGCGAUUAUUCCUUUAUCUUGGGCAAUGAUCCCAAGAAGUACCUUCCAGUGCGCAUCACGGAAGAAAUGGUGAAUGGAAUGGGCGGCAAGGACAGUGACGGCUUUGUCAUGUUUUUGUCCUUGACGUGUGCCGCCUUUUUGACACUCCGUCGUUCUGAAAACGUCCGACACUUGUUAUCCAUGAUUCGAAUGAUGGAAGGUUGUUACCUGCCUGAUAUUGAGAAGAAUCAGGAUAUCGAAUCUGCCAUUAUGGGUGUUCGAAACCGAUUACGGCUCGACUUGAGUGAAGACGAAGCCAUUGUCUUUAUGGAAAAGCUGAUAGAAGAGAGUUCAUCGUCCAAAAUGUGGUUAGCCGUGGAUGCUAUGCAUACCUUGGGCAAACGAUUCUAA